UUCUCCAACACUAUGAACCAGUUCUUCAAGAACUCCUGGACUCGCUUCCUGCGUAGUUCCAAUCACUUUCAUUUUUCCUUCUUCACUCAAAAUUCUCGUAAAUUCUCUCACUUUUCCAGGAGCUUUGAGCCAGAAUCAUGGAGAUCAAUGGAGGGUCUGGUUCGUUGUUCAGCAAACUUCGCUCCUUUGACUCCCAUAAGCUUCUUGGAGCGAGCAGCAAAGGCUUACGGAGACAGGAACUCGGUCGUUUAUGGUUCUGUGAAAUACACAUGGGGUGAAACUCACGAACGAUGUCUGAAACUUGCAUCUGCUCUGACCCAGAUGGGGAUUUCCCGCGGUGAUGUUGUUGCAACCCUGGCCCCUAAUGUCCCUGCAAUGCAAGAGCUGCAUUUUGCAGUUCCAAUGGCGGGAGCAGUUCUCUGUACACUAAAUACACGGAAUGAUUCAGCUAUGUUGUCAUCCUUACUAAGGCAUUCAGAUGCGAAGAUCAUCUUUGUAGACUACCAGUUACUUGAAAUUGCUCAGGGAGCUCUCCAUCUUCUUGCAGAGACAGACACAAAGCCUCCAUUCCUAGUCUUGAUAUCUGAAUCUGAUGGUCCAUGUCCCAUCGACGUUGCUUCGGAAACCUGCGAAUAUGAGAGUCUUCUCGCAAACGGACACGAUGUAUUUGAGAUAAGGCGACCAAAUAGCGAAUGGGAUCCUAUCAGCCUGAAUUACACUUCUGGCACAACAUCUAGACCAAAAGGAGUUGUGUAUGGUCACAGAGGUGCCUAUCUCAAUUCCCUGGCAACUGUUCUUCUCCAUGGGAUAGGCUCAAUGCCGGUUUACCUUUGGACUGUUCCUAUGUUUCAUUGCAACGGGUGGUGUCUCAUUUGGGGAGUGGCAGCUCAGGGUGGCACCAAUAUAUGCCUUAGAAAAGUCACUCCAAGGGGUAUAUUUGAAAGCAUUGCUCAGCACAAUGUGACACACAUGGGAGGGGCACCAACUGUCCUGAACAUGAUUGUGAAUUCCCCAGUCAGUGACCGAAGGCCGCUUCCUCACAAGGUGGAAGUGAUGACAGGCGGUUCACCGCCACCCCCACAGAUUAUUUCCAAAAUGGAAGAGCUGGGUUUUGGAGUGUCUCACUUGUACGGCCUCACGGAAACAUUCGGUCCGGGGACUUCCUGCAUAUGGAAACCUGAGUGGGAUUCUCUGCCUCUUGUUGAACGAUCCAAAUUGAAAGCGCGACAAGGGGUGCAUCACCUUGGUUUGGAAGAGGUUGACAUAAGAGAUCCUGUCACAAUGGCAAGCGUGCCAGCUGAUGGUAAAACAAUAGGUGAGAUCAUGUUUAGAGGAAACACAAUAAUGAGUGGAUACCUCAAAGAUUUGAAAGCAACAGAAGAAGCUUUCAGCGGUGGAUGGUUUCGAAGCGGGGAUCUUGCCGUGAAACACCCUGAUAAUUACAUAGAAGUAAAGGACCGGUUGAAGGAUAUAAUAAUUUCUGGUGGGGAGAACAUAUGCACAGUUGAAGUAGAAACAGUUUUGUAUGGUCAUCCAGCAGUUAUUGAGGCUGCAGUUGUUGCGCGGCCGGAUGAUCACUGGGGCCAGACGCCUUGUGCAUUUGUGAAGUUAAAAGAGGGGUGUGAUGAUGUUGGUGCUGAAGAACUAAUCAACUUCUGUAGGGAUCAUUUACCACAUUAUAUGGCUCCCCGGACUGUUAUUUUUGGGGAUUUGCCAAAAACUUCGACGGGAAAGACACAGAAGUUUAUUUUGAGAGAAAGAGCAAAGGCUAUGAGCAGCCUUUCAUGACCAAAAAGUUAUAGCUGUCGUCUGUUGGAAAAUAAAAAAUGUGGGAUUUCAUAUUAGUUAGAAGAAAGCAGUGCAGUAUACAAAAUGAGAAUGCUGAAGCUUAAACAAAUUUUGUC